AUGUCUGGACCCAAGACUGUUACUUUACCCAAGCUUGACUACCCCUUGAACGGGUUGGAACCUUACAUUUCCGAAAGUAUCAUGAACCUCCACUUAAACUUCCACCAUGCCAACUACGUGAAGGGUUACAACGCUGCCAUUGAGCAAGCUGUUGACUACCUGGCCAAGGGUGAAGUACCCAAGGUUGUUGAGGUUCAACGUGCCAUCAACUUCAACGGUGGUGGCCACGUGAACCACAGUUUGUUCUGGAAAAACUUGGCUCCCACUUCCCAAGGUGGUGGCAAGGCUCCCCCGGCCGACUCGGCUUUGGCUAAGCAAAUCAACCAAGACUUUGGCUCAUUAAAUGAGUUGAUUGCUGAAACCAACAAGAAGGCCGCUGGUAUUCAGGGUUCCGGGUGGGCUUGGAUUGUGAAAAACAAGACCAACGGCACCAUUGAUGUCAUCACCACUGCUAACCAAGACGUCGUCCCCCCUUCGUUUGUGCCUUUAGUUGGUGUGGACUGCUGGGAACACGCGUACUACCUUGACUACAAAAACGCUAAGGCCAAGUACUUUGAGGCGAUCUGGAACGUCAUCAACUGGGAAGAAGCCGCCAAGCGCUAUUCUCAAUGA